AUGGAGACAACAACGCAAGACUUGAGUAACUUCACCCGCCCAGUCGGAUUCUACAUCAGAGGUUUCUACGCGCUAAAAAAUGGAGAAUAUUAUUUUAUUUUUCUGGCGGUUGUUUACGUCCUGACACUUGUGUCAAAUGCAAUCUUGAUGUUACUCAUAUGGUUCGGAGAAACCCUCCACACACCCAAGUACAUGGCCGUGUUCAGCCUGGCUGUGGUUGACGUCAGUCUCAGCUCCGCUCUCAUUCCCCAAGCCAUCCAUACGUUCCUCUUUAAUUCACGAUUUGUGUAUUACAACCCUUGCUUAGCACAAAUGUUCUUCGUCGAUUACUUUGCAUCAAUGGAAGCAUUUGCUCUCUGUGUUUUAGCCUACGACAGACUCAUCGCUAUUUGUUUCCCAUUGCGAAGCAGCGUUUUAAAUACCAACUGUAAAAUGAUGGUGGUUAUUAUUGUGUCUUGGUCAAUCCCACUUGUCAUAGAUGUGGUGAUGGUUGCCUUGAUUCCCCCACUGGCGUAUUGUAAAUCGACUAUUGUCAACAGCUUUUUCUGCGAUCACGGACCGGUCUUUAAGAUCGCUUGCGGUGACUAUUCUAAAAAUUGGUUUAUGGCCAGUUUUGUCACUGUAGCCUUGUACUAUACUCCUUCUGUGGUCAUAGCUGUCUCGUACAUUUUUAUUAUUGGCGCCAUUUUGAGGAUUAAAUCGUCAGAGGGAAGGUGGAAAGCGUUUAAAACCUGUACUUCGCAUUUAAUUUUGGUAGCUAUAUUUUUCGUUCCUCUUUACGUUACCUAUAUCGUGGCAUGGGCACUGCAGCCAUUAACAGACGUCCGUGUUAUCGCCAGGGAGCCGGAGUAG